AGAUUUGGAACCACCAGCGGUCCCAGCAGGACGGCCUUUGUGGAGAGCGCGCGGCCGGAGGUGGACGAGGACAGCGAUGUGAUGGACGACAAUGAUCCAAAUAAGCUCGUGCAAUGCCCUUAUGACAAAAACCACCAGAUCCGGAGCAAACGCUUUCCUUACCACGUUCUAAAGUGCAGGAAGAAUCAUCCAAAACUGGCCAGUGAGCUGAAGACUUGCCCUUACAAUGCUCGCCACAUGCUCCCCAAGCAAGAGCUGGCGUACCACAUGGAGAUCUGUGAGAACAAAAUAUCUCAGGACCAGGACACUCAGGACGCUGGAAACGCAGAUAGAAAUUGUCAAUGGCACGUCCCAGUCAAUACUUCGGUUAACCCAAACAUGACUGAGGAUUGGGAAGAAGAGGUUGACAAUAAUGCUGCUCCGUUUGUGUGGGGUGUCAACACCACUUCAAAUCAGCAGCUAAAGAUGACACCCAACAACAGAAGUUGCAGAGCACCCCGCACCCUCCCAUGGAAUGAUAAGCCAUAAUUUGUACUGACUGCAGAUCCAUAUGGAAUGUUAUGCAUGCAUGGAUGUCUUUUUUAACACUGUUUUUAAAGUUGCAUGGAUCUCAUUUUUAAAUCCUGGACAUAGCUACAUGAAAUAUACAGACUCGGACGUCAUCUUUUAAAAUGUCUUUUAUUGUCUU